AUGACUUUUCAUAUAUAUCUUGUAGCAGGUCAUACUUAUGAAUUAAAUAUAGAAAAUAUGAAAAAAAUUCCAUCAUUAAUUUUGAAUAAUUUUGUAUAUAUGAAACAAUUUUAUGAUCCUAUUCGACAAGUUUAUUGUAUAUCACGUAAUCGUGCUUUUUUUGAAAUACUUGUUUUCUAUAUUAAUCAUGGCAUUUUAUCGAGACCUAUUGAUAUACCACUUGUAUAAGCUUAUGAUAUUCCUCAAAUAUCAGAUACAACUGAAAUUCGUUAUUUACCUCGAUCAUCAAUAAAAAAAAUUCUUUGGCGUUCAAUGGAAUAUAAUGAAACUUUAUUUGGUCCAUUAUAUCGUUUUAUAUUUGGUUUAAUAUGUAUAUGUUCAAUAUUUUUAUUUAUGUAUGAAAUAAUUGUAACAAGAAAUGAAAAUUUUCUUGAAUUUAUUGAAAAAUAUCGUGGUUAUUUUCAAAAUAUCAUACAUCCUGUUAAUGUAACUGUACAUGUUAUUGAUUAUCGUCCUGAUAUAACACGUUUAGCAUUUUCAAUUGAAAUUAUAUUUAUUUUUCUUUGGACUAUUGAAUUAUUUCUGCGUAUAUUUUCUGCACCAAGUUUAUACCUUUGUAUAAAAUCAUUUUUUUUCUGGAUUGAUAUAAUUAAUAUAUUAAAUACAAUCCUUUAUGGAAUAUUUAGUUUAAUAUAUAAUCGUCAAAAAAAUCUUUUAACUUAUCAUAUUAAUUCCAUGACAUUGGUCUUUCAAUUAAUUGAUAUUUUUAAAACAUUAAGAAUGUUGAAACUUGGAAGAUAUCAUAGAUCAAUAAAACUUAUUCUUGAAUCUCUUGGAGAAGCUUCAAUGGAUUUUUUAACAUUUAGCAUUGUUUUAAUAGGUAAUAGUUGUGUAUUUGGUGCAAUUAUUUAUUCAAUUGAACGAACAACAAACCCAACAUCGACUAUACUUUUUCCAAAUGUUGGAAAUAGUGUUUAUUAUACAUUAUUAGCUAUUACAAAUGUUGGUUUUGAAGGUUUUUUACCAUCUACUUAUUUAGGAAAAUGGAUUGCUUGUGCAGCAAUUACUUUUGGUCUAUUAACAAUUAAUAUACCAUUACCAUUGAUUUUAUCACCAUAUACACGACAAUUACUUAUUAAAAAUAAACAUAUUAUUUAUCGAAAUGAUUUUGGAUAG